ACCACAGUGCAGAUAAGUCUCGUGGCAGUCAACCAAGGGACUCAAAUGUCAACUCGGAACAGGGUUCAUCGACGUCCAGUGCAGUGAAGCGAAAGCUUUUGGAAACCAGUGGAAAGUCAAGAGUAUCGGGACAGCCCGCAUCAAGUGCCCUGAAAAGGACUGUCAAGAAAGAGAAAGAGAGCAGUGAGGAUGAGAGUUCAGAUGAAGAGGGCACAAAGUAUAUGACGGACAAAGAGAAAAGUCUCAAACAGAUCAUUGAAGAGUUCAAAGGAGCUGAUGUUAUGGCUCUCCAAGAUGCCCUAGUGACGUGUAAAUGGGAUGUCUGUGAAACACGGGCAUACUUGCAAGAAAACCCGCCACGUCGCAUGGCUCCCAACCCUUAUCGCAACGCCCAGUUCAAUAUUUUUCCCUCAUCCAGCAGCAGAGAUGUUGAUUCUGACAGCGAAGAGGAGAGAGAACCAACGCCACAGGAAGCAGUCACUACAAGGAAUGAACCAUCAACAAAGAAUGCCACUCGCAGUGUGCCCGAGCCCCAAGCUUCUGCGGAUCCUGACACGUGUUGCUCACCAACAUGUUGUUCACAAAGGACGGUAGAGCUUGUGCCCGUGAGUGAGAUGAAGGUUGAAGUCGUCAGUGACGAAGAAGAACAGAUAGACGGUGAUGUCCACGGUAUGACCAGUGACACUGACGAAAGUGAUGAAGAAACACAUCGUGCACCGGUAAAAGUUGAACCUUGCAUUGACGAAAGGAAUGAAGAAGUCAAGUGCGCACUUGUGAAAGUUGAACCGCGCAUUUGCAUGGGCUUCUUGAACAACGCUUCCUCCGAUGAAUUAGUUACAGUCCCCAUCUGCCGGCCGAAACUUGAAGCUGUCGAGGAAAACGGGCCAGAUGAAACGUGGAAGACCGUGACCAACCAACAAGUGCCAGAGGACGUGGCUGAGAGAAACGACGACGGUGAAGAAUUUAUACUCCCCACAGAGGACUUUCCAGAACACCCGUCAUCUUCGGUGGAGGAGAAGCAAAUCAAUCCCGGUGAUUUUGUGGCCGUUGAGAUUAAAGAAAACUCCAGCAAGGUGCUCAUGGCCGCAUCGUUAUAUGCCACUGCUCUGCAACACCGCAUGAGUAAUGAUCGGCAGCGCACACGGUUGAGGCGCGUGCAGCCACUAUAGCUUUCGCACUUCCUCGUGGUAGUGGGCGGUUGGAUGUCUUCCCGAAGGUGAUUUUAUUAAAGUCUACAC